AUGCCACCUAAGGGUCGCGGCAGUGGCAAGUUGCCAGUUCCGCUCCCAAGAGACAUGGUCCUGAAAGACACCGAAGGAAAAGUCUGGAGGCUGGGCAGUCAGAUUGGCCAGGGAGGAUUUGGCUUGAUCUAUUUAGCUUCCCCUCAAACUCAUGUUCCUGUAGAAGAUGAUGCAGUGCAUGUAAUUAAAGUGGAAUAUCUUGAAAAUGGCCCCUUAUUUUCUGAACUGAAAUUUUAUCAGAGGGCUGCAAAACAAGAACAUAUAAGAAAAUGGAUGAAUCUCAAAAAAAUAAGAUGUUUAGGAAUUCCUGUGUUUUGGGGAUCAGGCUUGGCUGAGUACAAGGGAAAAAGCUAUAGAUUCAUGGUCAUGGAGAGACUGGGAGAAGACCUUCAAAAAAUCUUUGAAGAUUGUGGAAGUAGAUUUAAGAAGGAGACUGUUCUGCAGCUUGGGGCACGAAUGUUGGACACUUUGGAAUAUAUACAUGAAAAUGAAUAUGUCCAUGGUGACAUUAAAGCAGCAAAUCUACUUUUGGGCUACACCAAUCCACAAGAGGUUUAUCUUGCAGAUUAUGGACUUUCCUACAGAUAUUGUCCCAAUGGGAACCACAAACAGUAUCAGGAAAAUCCUAGGAAGGGCCAUAAUGGGACAAUAGAGUUUACCAGCAUAGAUGCCCACAAGGGAGUAGCCCCAUCCAGACGAGGUGACCUUGAAAUCCUUGGCUACUGCAUGCUGCAAUGGUUGUGUGGGAAGCUGCCCUGGGAACAGAACCUGAAGGACCCUGUAGCUGUCCAGACUGCUAAAACCAAACUUAUGGAUGAGCUCCCAGACUCAGUGAUGAGAUGGGAUUCUUCUGGAAGCAGCUGUCGUGAAAUAUCCAAGUUUUUGGCAUGUAUUUAUGGCUUAGCUUAUGAUGAGAAGCCAAAGUAUCAAGUGCUGAAGCAAAUCCUGCUGGAUGGACUAGAGGCAAGUGGAACUCGCUACGAUGGCCUGCUGGAAUUUUCCGCUGCAGUGUGCCCACAGACUCACUGUGCUGCUAAAGCGUCAAAAGUUCGCUUACCAAAGCCUAUGCUAAAACCAGUUCAGCAGAAGCAAAAAAAGAUGGAAGGUGAAGAAUACGUCUGUCAAAACAAAGCCUGUACUGAGGUAACAGACAAACAACUCAAAGAGGAAGAAAAGCCAAGUAAAUUAAACAGGAUGCUUCACCAAACAGAGCCUCAGCAGUGGGUUCACUUACCGAAGCCUUCAUUGAAACCACUGGUGCAGAAGCAAAACAAGGUGAAAGAGGAAGAACCGAACUGCGUCAGCCGGCCCCGUACUCGGGUCACACGCCAGCAGUUCCAGGCAGAAGAGAAGCCAAUUAACUCUUACACUACAGUUCAGGAGGGUGACCACCCACAAAAGAAACACACUGCGAGAGAACUACUGCCAUUUGACCCCCAAGCAAAAUGCUCUGAAUCCCCAAAGAAACACAAUCAACUCUUAACUACAGAUCAUCCGCUGUCAUGGCGAGAAACCAGUUCCAACAUCACGAGUCCUUCUAUAGCUGUUAUAUUUCGGCUUGCGUUUACUGACAAAACAUACCCCUACAGCGUAGCAAUACUUGUGCUUCUGCUGCUAAUAGCACUUUCCUUGUAUUUUCUUUGA